AUGGCGGAAAUUGCAAAAUGGAGAAAGUUUGAAAAUGCUAUUAAAGCGAAACGAACGAAUGUGGCUAUAAACAAUAACAGUAAAUCAGGUGGUAAGGUAUUAAACAAUGGUGGUCAAUGUGAUGUUUCUAUUUUGGAAAGAAAGGAACUGACUGUACAACCAUUGACAACAGAGGCGACUGGUAAAGCCAAAAAAUAUGAAAGAACAGACCCACAAAAAUUCGUCAACUUUCGAUACGAACCAGACUGCAGAGUGGGGCAGUUUUCAACAAGAUCUUGGUUGCACAAUCACACCGCACUUGAAGUGCGGGUGCGCAAAACUGCCAAAAAUGCUCAGCUGCGCAUGCUCAAGUGCUCCAUGAAAAAGUUGAAAUGAUUGAAAGGGUUGAGUGGCACCUAAGUUCACAUGUGUAUUUAUCAAUACCUGUACGUCUUAGUAUGUAGUCCACGUAAUUAAAAAUGCAUUAAACACGAUGCGUUAAUCAACUGAGUGAACUGACUGAGGUAUAUUGCCUGUACACUGGAGUUAUAUUUGAAUAUAUUUAGCUCAGUGGCACUUCAUAUUAGGACUGUAUUGAGCAAGUCUUAUAUGUAACAACCUAUUCUAAUGAUUUCUGUGUGUGUUGGUGUUGUGUACUCAGGUGAAUAUGAUGUUUGUGAUUUUACUCUGAGUGUGCAUCUACACCGGGCAAGCUAAAAAGUUUGCCUGACCACGGUGGGAAUCGAACCCGCGAACUUUGGGAUACUAGCUAGUCCUCUCUAUAAUUUUGAAAGUUCUCGAGCGAUGUGUUCUUCCUGACAUGCGAGAUCACUUGGUGGUCUUGAUCAACAACUCCCAACAUUGGCAACAUGGUUUUAUUAUUCCAGGAAAAUCUUGUACUUUCCAGCUGCGGUAGAAGGGCAUGACUAUGUAGGAUCUUUACUGGACGCUGGUAAACAAACUGACGUGAUCUACAUGGAUAUGUCCAAAGCCUUACAAAAUUCCAAAGCCUUUACAACGGCUUUGGAAUCUCUGGUAGUUUACUCGGUUGGUUCUCCUCCUACUUAUUGA